UUCUCUCUCUCCCUCAUUGUCACACAAACACCAGCUUUCUCAAAACUCCACUCAUGGACUCCCUCAUGGUCAGAGCUAGGAAGAACACUUGUCCUGGAGAGACUGGGAUCAGGCAGCAGAUGAAAUCCACCUAGAGCUAAAUCGAAAAAAGCCACAGACUACUGACGUGAAGCUAUGUUUGUCAGUGAGAUGGAUAAGACCCAAGGUCCAAUGGUCCCGUUUAAGGUGGACACGGCCCAUCCGGGCACCCUGAGUCGAGGACAGUGGUCCAGCAAAAUCGAAUUUCUCUUGGCCGUUGCAGGACAAAUCAUUGGCCUGGGAAACGUGUGGAGGUUUCCUUAUCUGUGCUACAAAAAUGGUGGAGGCGUGUUCUUCAUCCCUUAUAUACUCUUCUUUUUUACCUGUGGCAUCCCCCUGUUUCUGCUGGAGACGUCUCUUGGCCAAUACACCAAACAAGGAGGUAUCACCUGCUGGAGGAAAAUUUGCCCCCUGUUUGAAGGGAUAGGAUAUGGCAGUCAGAUAGUUGUUUUGUACUCCAGUAUCUAUUACAUCAUCAUACUGGCCUGGGCUUUCUUUUACCUCUUCUCCGCCUUUAAUUCUGAACUUCCCUGGGCAAGUUGCAGAAACUACUGGAACACAGAGACCUGUAUGGAGUUUGGUAGAGAUACUGGUCUUCACAAUGUGACUGUGCCUGAAAAUGCAACAUCACCAGUGAGAGAGUUUUGGGAGAGAAGAGUUUUGAAUAUCACGGGAAGUGUCGAUGAGUUAGGCAGUAUACGGUGGGAGUUGGCCUUGUGUCUUCUGCUGUCCUGGGUUAUCUGUUACUUUUGCGUGUGGAAAGGAGUGAAGUCUACCGGAAAGGUUGUCUACUUCACUGCGACAUUUCCAUACGUGAUGAUGGUGGCACUGCUUAUUCGUGGAGUCACGUUGCCUGGGGCCAUAGAUGGGAUCAAGUUCUACCUCUACCCAGAUCCAUCCCGCCUCACAGAUCCACAGGUGUGGAUGGAUGCUGGCACGCAGAUAUUUUAUUCCUACGCUAUUUGCAUUGGAUGUCUAACCGCUCUUGGCAGUUAUAAUAGAUACGACAAUAACUGCUACAAAGAUUGUGUGUACUUGUGCCUUCUGAACAGCGGGACAAGUUUUGUAGCAGGCUUUGCCAUCUUCUCUGCACUUGGAUUCAUGGCAUAUGAGCAAAACACGCACAUAUCAAAAGUGGCAGAGUCAGGUCCUGGUUUAGCAUUCAUUGCCUACCCUCGAGCAGUUGCCAUGAUGCCUCUUCCUCAGCUCUGGGCAAUCUUUUUUUUCGUCAUGAUCAUCCUCCUGGGGCUGGACAGUGAGUUUGUAGGUCUGGAAGCGCUUGCAACAGCAAUCUCUGACAUGAAUCCCGGCUUCUUCCAUGUCGGUCAUAGACGCAAACUUCUUCUGCUUGCUAUCAGCGUCGUCAGUUUCUUCAUUGGCCUUGUGAUGGUUACGGAAGGGGGGCUUUACAUCUUUCAGCUAUUCGACUACUACGCCUGCAGCGGCAUGACUCUGCUUCUCUUUGCCAUACUACAGUCAGUCAGUAUUGGAUGGGUGUAUGGUGCAGACCGGUUUUAUGACAACAUAGAAGACAUGAUUGGCUACAAGCCUUUACCCCUGAUUAAGUACUGCUUAAAAUAUGCCACACCAAUUGUCUGCUUGGGAACAUUUAUUUUCUCCUUAAUCAAAUACACUCCCUUGAAGUUCAACAACACGAUUGAGUACCCGUGGUGGGGUUACGCUCUCGGCUGGUGGUUCACUCUCUCCUCCACGCUCAUGGUUCCCAUCUGGAUGCUGUACAAGCUGAGCAACACUCCGGGUUCGCUGUAUCAGAGGAUCUCCAUCUUGUGUACUCCGGCUGAAGACCUUCCUAUCCCCAACCUAGAGAAAAAAACAGCCGAGCAGUUCGACUUGACCCUGUCUCCUGACAGCAUAGUGACCUAAAUGGAGCAGCUUCCGAUGACACUUUUGACACACAAGGAGAGUCUUCCCCUCUUCUUCCCAAUGCAAGACAAAAGCAAGACAAACCUCUCUACCUGCCAUCUCUCAGUCCCAACAGUGUCCGUCUGCAACCUGCAAAACCAUAACAGUCACCACUGAGUCGUGCCUUCUCGACCGACGGCGUUUGUCGCCUUGAUGCCAAUUUCAAACAUUUUUCAGUGGGCACUGAUGUGAUGUUAUUGCCAUACUGGACCACGUGAGACUGACCUGUAAAUCUAUGCAAGGGAAACAGAGAAACUUGUUCCACAUGUUCUCAUUUAUCUCCUUCUGAACAUCAGCAGUUAGUCUAUAGUCACUGCUUGGCACAGAAUAGAUAUGUUUGCAUAGGCUUACGUAAAAAUGGAAUUACUUAGACCGCAGCAAAUAAUGAACAUGGCAUUGUAACGCGUUGUAACAACUCACAGUUGUCAAGUAUGGACGGAGAUUCCCAGUUGUUUUCUGUAUUAAUUUAAACAUUCAAAUGUGCUCAUGCUGUUCUAGUGCCUUAUAGAACAUUAUGGCAGUAAUGUUGGCUGGCUAACAUUAGUAUCGUCCUACAAUCCAUUAUGUACAGUGCAUUUCUUCCUUUAGUCAGAGUAACAUUGGCUUCACAGUCAACGUGUGGACUCAAGUAUAAUUAUGACUGUAUGACAAAGAGUACAUUUAUACAAGUGUUAAAAUGAUUAUUUUCAGCAUUAACCUUGUCAAAUUCUAGUUUUAUACAUGAAACUCAUUUAUUAAGUUUGGUUGUCAUUUUUUUUUAUAUAUAUAAAGUACUGUAUGUCCUUGAAGAUUGUGCCAGUAGGUAUACAUUAUACAUGUAUAACACAUACAGAAGAGAGUUUUCAAAAUAUGUUGAAAUGACAUGGUCACAAAUCAAAAUUGUGUAAUAAUAAUCAUUUUUUUCAAUUUCACCCCAUUUCGGGGUCCUCGACAAUGAUGAGACAAACAAACACACAUAUCUGGUUUUUAUGAUUUUUUUUUUAUUUUGUUUUUAAAUCUUUGUUAAAUAAUAAUGAAAAAUGGGGUGAAUACACUGUCAACAAAUAAAUAGGUGAAACCUUUA